AUGCAGUUUUAUCUUGCACUACUUCUGCUUGGUCACAUUCUUCAAAUCAAGGGUGAAAACAUGGUUGAGAAAGAAGAAAAGAAAACAAUGUUGUACACGGUCAAGUCACUUGCUAAUCAAGACCAUGAAUCACAUGUCGCUACUGUUAUGUCAAAUGACACUGCGCUGAAUGACGACGAAAGGGGCUUUGCGAUUCCAUUGAUGAUGGAUCCACGACUCAUAUAUUGGGCUGCCCGUGGAGUUGAUCCACACUCCAUGUUUAAAGAGAAGUUUUUCGAUAAAUCGUUCCCUUCUUUGUUGGAAGAUCUAAAGUUUAAGACUUGGAAAAAAACAUCCCGAAAAACCAGUUUACGCGAUCGACAUUCUUACAAACAAGCAUGGAGUUGUUCCGCUAACGGAGAUGAUAGAGAAGGCUUUGGUGGGAACGAAUUCGGCGCAGAAGGAGCUGGGGAAGAUAUUGGCGUCUGA